AUGGAUCCCAGCGUUUAUCUCAACAACACGCGCACUUUUGUUCAUUUGACUAAAACAAAAAGUAUCAUCAAAAUGAUCACGAAUAAUGAAAUUUAUAUUCAUAAACGAUCAAAAAGUCCAAUGAAGGUGAAAGUAACUGCUGCAUUGAUUAGAGGAUUGAUCAUGUUAGAUCCGACUUCCAUUGAUGAGAAACGUAAAAAGAAUUCUCUCCGAUAUAAGAUUAUUAAACAUGUGCUAUCAGAACCAACCACGGUGGAACAUGUGAAUAAGAAAAUUGAGGACAAGGCAUUAGAUGCUGAUGAUUUAAAAUUGCUCUAUUAUAUUAUUUCUGAACAAGUUGUUAAAUUAAUCUCGCCCAAGUGUUUGGAAUCAAUUACAACUCUUAUGGAAAGUUACUCAUCAAAUUCUCAUACAAUUAUUAGAGUGGAUCGAAAAUUUUAUUUUGGUAACAGCGGAGAGUUUGUUGAUGUCAUGGUGGAUGUUUUUGGAUUUCAUGAAGUGAAGGUCAUAGUGAAUGACGAAGAAGUUCCUUUCAAACGAAAAUUAUCUCAAUUAAUUUUUACUUUCCAACUUCCAGCAGAGAUGGACACAAUCGCCUCUAAAAAAUUCAUUAUUUCGUUUUUGAACUGCACGUUUAAUUUUGAAGUAUUUUUAAUAGCUGCAAACUUGGAAAGAUGUUUCAAUAAUUUUAUGAAUGUUGAGUUGUUUUGUGAAAGCAGUAUGAGGCGUGAUCAUGCUGAAUCUCUCUUUAACUGUAUUCCAAGUUGGAAAAUUGACACAGGAAGCACCUUCCACUGUUAUAUUAAGGAAUAUUUACAAAUUGCAAAAUAUUGGACACACACAGAAUCUGAUUAUUUAUUGGAUUUUCUCAAAUUUUUAGUGACAACGAACUCAUUCUUUGCAUUACUAGCCUAUCCCUAUCCAAAAGAUUAUCCAACAAACUGCUACGUAUAUCUGUACUGCAUGAAACUUUUAAUUGACCUUUUUUUCGUUUUCAAUGCCAAGAUGAAAUGCAAAAAUCCUGUUAUGAAUUUUUGUCUGUUGGACAGAAUAGAUCGAUAA